CUCUUUAUUCUGGGGAACUUAUCUGCGCCUACAUGUUGAGCGCUCUGCAUACCGGACCCAGAGAGACGACCGAGUAAGACCACUUCCACGGGCUCCCCAUGCUGACAGACACCUCCUGUGAACCGUGUCUUGGACCUUAAACUCCUCGGCUCUGACAGGAUGGAUCUUUUAGACCGCGGCUACUUGGACGCGCGGUCUCCUUAUGAUUACACCUUUAAUUUUUGGAACGACUACCUCGGCCUGUCGACACUUGUCGCCAAAAAUAAGAUGAGCAGUCCUUCCUGUAGCCCCAACUCCAUAACCGAGUCUCUUAAGGCCACUCUGGGCUUGGAUGAUUCCCCGGUUUGCUCCUGCGUAACCGGGCACGGCAGGGACAGUGACGCGCACUCGGACUGCUGCUGCGCGCCCCCGGGCUCCCCGCAGAUCUCCAUCUAUGAUCUGAAGGAGCGCAUCUCGCUCCUCAGGCCGUACGAGCAUCUCGGCGGUGACUCUCCGCUGGCGGGCAGAGAUUCGCCUCCCUACGGUGGCAGCUUCGCGGGCCUGGACCUGCUGUCCAUGGAGCGGAGGCGCAAACAGACUCAGAGGUGCAAACCGGAGCCCAAAGUGUGCGUCUUCUGUCGGAAUAACGGCGCACCGGAGGAGGUUUACGGCACCCACAUCCUGAAGACGGCGGACGGCAGGGUCCUGUGCCCCAUCCUCCGGGCAUACACCUGCCCCCUCUGCAGUGCCAACGGCGACAAUGCGCACACCAUUAAGUACUGCCCUCUGUCUAAGGACCAGCAGAGCCAGAGGGCGCACAAGGCCGGCAGAGCCAUCGGAAAAAGGCUGAAAAUCUUCUAAAAUUUAAAAAAAAAAAAAAGCAAAUGAAUGAAGUUUGAGUUGCACUGUC